AUGCCCUUACUUCGUCCUACGCGCAACCGGUUCCGUGCCUUGCACCGCACAGCAACUUCGUAUUGGAAGUUGAUUACGUUCGUCGCAUUUUUGUUGCUGCUAGAAGUUUGCGUCCAUGUGCGAAACCAUGCUGUCACGCGUCCGGCCAAGCCUCUCGAUGCGCCAUUCUACACGGGCUGUCAAGACCCUAUCCUGAACAAUACCGCACGCGCGUCGGCCGUCCUCUUGAUGCUAGCCCGUAACACGGAAGUCGAUGGCGCGGUAGCCAGCGUACGAAGCGUACAAGAACAAUUCAAUGAUAGUUUUGGAUACCCAUGGGUAUUCUUGAACGAUGUGGAGUGGAGUGAGGAGUUCAAGGAGAAGGUUGGGCAGGCGGUGGGCAAGGAGGUGGACAUCAAGUUUGAACAGAUACCAAAGACAAUGUGGGGAUAUCCAGAGUGGAUUGAUCAGGUGAAGGCAAAAGGAAUUAUGCAAAUGAUGAAGCGCAAGAAGAUACAAUACGGUGGGUCCGAGAGUUAUCGUCACAUGUGCCGCUUCCAAUCCGGGUACGUUGCAUCGAUUCUUCCAACUUACCUUCCUUGUCCUCCUUCUUUCAUCAAAGACUUCUUGCGCACAGUCCUGACUUGCACCAUCAGUUUCUUCUUCGAUCACCCUGCCCUUCUUCCCUAUAAGUACUACUGGCGCGUCGAGCCAAGCAUCCGCUUCACCUGCGCCCUAACCUACGACCCCUUUGUCUCCAUGGAAACCCACAAGAAGCGCUACGGCUACAAUAUCGCCCUCUGGGAACGUGGUCAAACCGUUCCCUCACUCUUCCGCAAACUCUCCGAUUUUAAAUCUACCAACUACCUUCCCACAUCUCCGCUCUGGACGGCAAUGAUCGACGCAUCGUACAUGCCAUGGCCAUUCCGUCGUGCUCUCGCUUGGCUGAGGAACAGAGAUGGCAACGGCGAUUUGUGGAACAUGUGUCAUUUUUGGAGUAACUUCGAGAUUGCGGAUCUAGAUUUUUUCCGCUCGGACGCGUACCGCAAAGUCUUUGAAUACUUAGAUAGGGAGGGUGGGUUCUACUACGAGAGGUGGGGCGAUGCGCCUGUACAUUCGCUCGCGGCUGCUAUGCUACUCAAGCCGGAGGAACUACACCACUUUUCGGACCUUGGGUAUAUACAUGAUGGGCUGCAGUAUUGUACGUUUCAGAGUACGCAAGACGAGAAGAAGAGGGGAUAUGCUAUUCCACCGGGUGUUAGUGGGAGGGGGCACGGGAAGAUUGAGGGAAGAGAAGAGGUGGGGUGUAGGUGUAGAUGUGACCCUGAAGCGAGGGUCGUGGAGCCGGUUUGUCUGAACAGGUUUGGUUUGGCCAUGGCUUGA